AUGCUUGAACGCUUUUUGGAGCAACAGCCUGCCAUUUCUGCUGCACUCUUGUCCAGGGAUCUCCGAAAAGAAGGAGGGGUGAACACUCUAAUGGACGUAGACUUUGGUGAUGGUGAAGACAUUGUCAAGCUGAUGGCACCGGUCAAACUUGUGACCAUGACCAUGUCUGAAGACAAGCGGCCCACACUUUCAAUGAUUUCCCCAAUCAAAGCAAAGCUUAAAAAGAACUUUGAAGCAUCAGAUAAAGACUCAGUGGUAAUCAGAGAGAUGAAGCAGGCGUUCAGGAAUGACUUGGAGAAACGCUACACUGGCCUCGAUGAUCUCUUCUACACUGCAACAGCUCUGGACCCCCAGUUCAAGUCCCUGCCCUUCCUGAGUGACCAUGAUGCUGAGAGGACAUUCACAAGCAUCUCAGCAGAAGCUGUAUCCUUGCAUAAAAAGAAAAGGACAGUUGGACAGAUGAGAAACCUGUGGCGUCUCUUGCUGUCAGUCCAGCCAUCCAGAGGACUGGUGGAUGAAAAGUUCAGUGUUCGAGUGCAGAACGCGCCGCCUGCUCACCCGCUGACCAUGCACGCCCUCCUGCACUCAGAGGACGGAGACACCUGGGAGGCGUUCGGUCACUACGUCACGGACGCUGGCGGGGACGUGAACGUUACCAAAGACCCCAGUCUGGGAGGAACGUAUGUUGGGGUGGAACCGAUGGGUUUGUUGUGGAGCCAGAGGCUGGUGCCAGGCAGCAGACCAGGGCUCCGGUUCAGGAAGCAGGACGUCCAGACUCCCAUACAGGUGAGGCUCUCAGUGUACCAGGGUCACCAGUCGGAGGGUUUCAUGGAUCAGGCGAUGCUGGCCAGUGUGAUGGUGGAGCGUUGGUACAUGGCGCCUGGCGUCCGAAGAGUCGGCUUUACAGAGGGUGGACUUCACGCGACCCUCUUCCUGCCUCCAGGGCCCGGACCGUUCCCCGGCUUGUUGGACUUGUGGGGCGGCGGUGGCGGUUUGGUGGAGUACCGCUCAGCACUCCUGGCCUCUCAUGGUUUUGCCUCUCUGGCCCUGGACUAUAUGAAACCAGCUGAGGUGAAGAAUGAAUACUUUGAGGACGCCUACAGAGUGCUGCAGCAGCACCCUCAGGUCUGCAGGCGCAGGAUCGGAUUGGUGGGUCUUUGCUUUGGCUCCUCUAUGGCUCUGAAAACUAUUUACUCCAAUGUGAUCCAGCCCAGAUGCCUGGUGUGUUUGAGUGCGACUCACAUCCAACCAGUUGGAGGAACUAUAGCUGAUUUUUUUGAUGAAGUUGAAAAAAACUUGAAGAAAUCACACUACAAUGAUGAGAACCAAGUAAUCUGGCGUAAUGUUUUGCUGCCCAUCCCAACCGACACCAGCAAGAAAGUGGAUGUGGGCCGGCUGCAGUGUCCUCUCCUGCUGGUUGUGGGCGAGGACGAUCAGAGCUGGCCUGUACCUGAAUCUGCAGACGAUAUGAGGGAGAUGAUGGAGCGAGCUGGGAACAGCCACCUGCUGACCGUCCUGUCGUAUCCCAGAGCCGGUCACCUGAUCGAGCCGCCGUACAGCCCACACUGCCGGGCCAGCAAGUUUAUAAAACCUACCAGUCAGAGGAAAUUAAUGAUGCUGUGGGGCGGAGAGGUGGCGCCACACUCCCACGCUCAGGAAGACGCCUGGAGGAAGAUGCUGGACUUCCUGAAGGAGAAUCUUUACUGCAGCGCCGACUGA